AUGCUGGGGCGAGGGUUGGGGAUGUCGGCGCCGCAGUGGCGCGGGGACGCACUCGACCUGCGCGUCGCGCUGCGGUCGGGCGGCAACCUCCUAUUCGGGCUCUUCGUGGCCGCCGUCCUCGCGUUCACGCUCCUCGCCGCCGUCCACAGCCCCGACGACCCGCUCCUGCACCCAUCCUCCCACCAGCUCACCGCGUUCCUCACCUCCGCCACCUCCAACUCCACCUUCCUCGCCGACGACUCCGUGCUCCGUACCGGGGAGGACUUCGCCACCGGCUCCAACUCCUCCGAGGACGCCCACGCCACUGUCGGACCCAAGUUCAUCGAGCUCUCCGAUGUUGGAUCCGAGAAAACGGAGGUAGAGACGGAGCAGUCCGUCACCGUCGACACCGACACCGUCACCGACCCCAACUCGGCCGCCCAGGAGGAGAAGCCUAUCGUGGAGGCUGUUUCCUGCGACACGGAGGCGCCGGUGGACUGCACGGGGGAUAGGGAGCUCUUCAACCUGCUCAUGCGUACGUCGAUCGAGAGGUUCCCCGACCUGCACUUCUAUCGCUUCGGCCGCCCCGUCGUGGUGCCGGAGAGCCCCAUGGCGUGCGACCUCGCCUGGCGCUUCCGCCCAGCCGAAGACGCCACAGGACGCACCACCUACUAUAAGGACUACCGCCGGUUCACGCUCACCCGCGAUGUCAACACAUGCUCCCUCGUGGUGGAAAGCAUCGGCGAGUACCACUCCGGCACCGGCGCCAAGCGCAGCGGGCGACGCAAGGGCAAGAAGGGCAAGAAGGGAAAGCGUGAGGCACCGGUGACCACAGACUUCGUGCCAGCCAAGACCCAGAUGAGGAUCGACGAGAAUGGUGCUAAUGCAGACACCACGACUGCUGCAGACCAGGUGUUUGUUGUCGGCGAUGCCGUCAAUGACAGCAUGCCGGUGGUCGCUUCUGAGUCCGAUUUCAGCCGCGGAAGGUACCUCAUUUACAUGGGAGGUGGUGAGAGAUGCAAGAGCAUGAACCACUACAUUUGGGGCUUUUUGUGUGCGCUAGGUGAGGCGCAGUUCUUGAAUCGGACACUUGUUAUGGACUUCAACGUCUGCCUCAAUUCCCGGUAUACUGCCAGUGGCAAGGAUGAAGAAAAAGAUUUCAGGCUCUACUUUGAUUUUGAGCACCUGAAGGAAUCUGCAUCUGUGAUCGAUCAGAGUCAGUUCUGGACAGACUGGGGGAAGUGGCACAAGAAGGAUCGACUGAAGAACCACUACACUGAAGACAUCAAGGUGACCCCCAUGAAACUUCGUGACGUCAAGGACACGCUGAUCAUGAGGAAGUUUGGGCAUGUUGAGCCGGAUAACUACUGGUCACGUGUGUGCGAGGGUGAGACGGAGGCCAUGAUCAAACGGCCAUGGCAUUUCUUGUGGAAGUCGCGCCGCUUGAUGGAGAUUGUGUCUGCCAUUGCCUCUCGAAUGAGUUGGGAUUUCGACUCGAUGCACGUCGUGAGAGGAGAGAAAGCCCAGAACACACAGCUGUGGCCAAACCUUGAUGCAGAUACCUCGCCAGAAAAUCUCCUUACGACACUCAAUGAUAAGGUUGGUGCCGGACGGUAUUUGUACAUUGCUACAGACGAGUCUGAUAAAUCCUUCUUCGACCCGCUGAAGAACAAGUAUAAGACGCGUUUCCUGGAUGAUUUCAAGGACCUUUGGGAUGAAAAUAGUGAAUGGUAUGCUGAAACUAAGGAGCUCAACAAUGGCAAUCCGGUGGAGUUCGAUGGUUACAUGAGGGUUGCAGUUGACACUGAGGUGUUCCUCAGGGGGAAGAGGAAGUUGGAGACAUUCAAUGACCUAACACGCGACUGCAAGGAUGGUGUCAAUACAUGCGCAGCCGCCUCCGGAAUAUCUGGUUGA